CCAUAUUAUACAGACUUGUGUAUUUGUGCCGCCGUUUCGUACGCUUCUUUGCAACGACAAAAGUGUCGCAUAACAAACAUAGCCGGCCAGUAUAAUAAAAAUUAUCGCCAAAAGUGCGAUACUUAGAUCGACCCAACAGAGUUGGAAUAAAAUUAAAAUGCGUUUCGCCGUCAAUACGUUUGCCCGUCUUCUGUAACGUUAUUGUUGUCUCGUCGGUACACAAAGUAUAUUCAGUCGUCUCUUUAGCUCGUCAAAAUGCCUGGUUCGAGACACAAAAUUUUGAGUCAUGUUUUCAGCGGGUUCUCCGAAAAAAUGUCUCGGACAAAAGUACUGGAUAUCGGAACUCAAGCCAUCGAAACGCCGCUGAAACGAUGCCUGACCACAUUCGACAUAACCCUGUUGGGUAUCGGCCAUAUGGUAGGAGCUGGCAUUUAUGUACUCAUCGGUACUGUUGCGAAGGAAAUGGCAGGACCUGCCAUCAUCCUGUCGUUCAUGUUGGCAGGCGCAGCGUCCAUGCUGGCGGCUUUGUGCUACGCUGAGUUUGGUACUCGUAUUCCCAAAGCAGGUUCAGCUUAUGUAUACACUUACGUUAGCGUUGGCGAAUUUUGGGCUUUCGUCAUAGGAUGGAACAUCAUACUUGAACACAUGAUUGGGGCUGCUUCGGUCGCACGUGCCUGGAGCGGAUUUUUCGAUUCAAUGUUCGACAACGUGAUCCGCAACACAACGGUAUCCGUGCUUGGUGAACUACACGAAACUUUGCUGGGAAAAUAUCCGGAUGUGUUUGCUUUCUUCGUGUGUCUGCUUCACGCAUGCAUCUUGGGAGUCGGAGUCAAAAUGUCUUCGUACAUGAACAGUUUCCUGACCCUCAUCAAUCUGGGAGUUAUGACCGUCAUCGUGGGCGCUGGUUAUUAUUAUGGUAACAGUUACAACUGGCUGGGCGAAGGCGGAUUCAUGCCGUACGGUACUACCGGAGUGAUAGCUGGUGCAGCCACUUGUUUCUAUGCCUAUGUAGGUUUCGACAGUAUAGCCACGUCCGGCGAAGAAGCUAAAGACCCGGCCUAUUCUAUACCUGUAGCUACCAUCAUCGCCAUGAGCGUCGUUUGCACGGGUUACGUAUUGGUCAGCGGGGCAUUGACUUUUUUGGUACCUUACUGGGCCAUCAAGCCAGAUGCCGCUUUUCCCGCUGCCUUUGCGAUGUUGGACCUGCAAUGGAUCAAGUACUUAGUAUCGGUGGGUGCGCUGUGUGGCAUGACCACUACCUUGUUCGGCUCGCUGUACUCGUUGCCCAGGUGUAUUUACGCAAUGGCCGACGACGGGUUAAUUUUUAAAUUCUUGGCCAAAGUCAAUAAAAAAACUCAGGUUCCCAUCGUCAAUUUGGCCAUAUCUGCAUUCUUGUGCGCUCUAAUCGCUCUGUUUUUCGACUUGGAAAAAUUGGUCGAGUUCAUGUCUAUUGGAACAUUGCUCGCGUACACUAUUGUCAGCGCAUCCGUGGUCAUAUUGCGAUACCGACCCAGCAAUCGUGGGCUGGUGCGCGACUCUAGCAGCCUCUUGGAACUACCCACGUCGCAAGCAGACUCGUUCGAGAUGGACAUGGGAGGACAACUAAAACCGUCGUAUAAGUUUUUGGAGCCAGUACUCGGUCACUUCGAACCCGGCUACGCUGUAUCCGUGUCCAUAGCUUGGUUUACCUUUUCUACCGUCGUGCUUUGCGUUUACUUUCAAUACUGGUUCGACGUACAACGCAUUAACUGGAUGGACGCAGUAGUACUGACCGUGUUGACCGUCAAUUUGCUCACGUGCAUUGUGUUUAUCGAGGCGCACGAACAAAACUCCAUAGAAUUGCCAUUCAUGGUGCCACAUGUGCCUCUCAUACCGUCAAUGAGCAUUAUGUGCAACGUGGUAUUGAUGACCAAUCUCAAUUUGUUAACGUGGAUACGAUUCUUGAUAUGGAUGGUUAUAGGUUUGUUGAUUUACUUCUUGUACGGAAUUCAUCACAGCAAGGAAAACGACGUUACUUCGUAUUCUGUGUUGCUGUCGACAUCGGAAGCAGGCAAGACGCGUUGGGGCGCUAUCAAUAAAUCCAGGAAGAAGACAAAAACCGACGAUGACCGAAAACCGAUAAUAGACAAUGAAGAGCAUGCGGAAAACGGUUAUUAUCAUUGAGAUAAUCAUUACUUACGACCAUCAGUUAAGAGUUAAAAGGUUUUUUUU